AUGACGUCAAGAGAUCGAAGGCCCAAAGAUGCACUCAAUGAAUCUGAAGCUGUCGGCGAGUCUUCUACUGAACGGCCACCUUCCUAUUCGGCCGAUCAAGUCGAGCAGCCACAACUAGAACUGCCACAACUGAAUCUGGGCCUGAAGAUAUAUAGUCCGACAUCCGUCACUCGCGACCAGUGUGUUGCACAUCUCAAGCUUCUGGCUGUGUUCGCGGACCUGCGGGAUACUAUCUCUAGUCAUAACGGGCUUUUUGGCCUCUACGAUGCCGAGGCUGCAAAAUUCCCGUCUACACAGAACGAAGCGCGGGCUCGUAUUAGUGAAAAGCGCUGGGCCGUAUAUGUAGCGCGUGCAGCUGAUCGACCGAUGGCAACUAUGGAUGACUUGGAGGAUGUCGGGUAUGAGAACAUCGUCAUCUGUGAUACUGAAGUUGCAUGGAGCACGAAAAAUCUACCUCCGCUAGAUAUUUUGAUGGUCUGGCAUUCUCAUAUGUUGAAUCCCCGGAGCUUCCUUGAGGAUUCCAUUCGAUACGGUAAAAUGAGCACCUGGGCAACGGGAUUUCCAUGGGAAGCGAUAGAUGGCUGCAUCAACAACCACACGAUGGAGUACACAGUCUCUGAAGAAGGCCAGCGGCUGUUCGAGGAGAAACUUGACUUGCAGUGGGAUAAUCUGCACGACCCGCCGAACAAAAAAGUCGACUGCCCGCACUGCAAAAAGGAGAACACUGCCCCGUGGACAGAAGCUCACUUUGGAGAGACUGUUACCCACGCCUUCAAACUUGGAAAUGGCUACGCCGAUAAUACAUUUGAGAUGAGAUGCGUCGACUGUCGAAAGUUGAUCGACCAUGGCCGGCUCAGGGUAGCGAAGUUUCGAAAAGACCUUGAAGGAGCUCUCUACCAAGGCCUCCCUAUGCCCGGGUCAUUCACCAAUAUCCGUGGAAUUCCCGAGGGCCCGCCUUCUAGAGUUAAUACUGGGGCGCCCCAGUACAUGCUAUUCCCCACACGGAUCAUCCAGGCUGCCGGAGAGGACUUGAUGGGAUUCACUGAUGGUCGAGUGGAUUGGUGUCAGAAUAUCAGCCAACUGAGGCAGAAACUCGAGACCAAGCUACGCGACAGAAAAGUUUUAUCAACCGCAUAUGGUUCCUACAAUACGACUGUCCAUUCUACUGAGAAAAUGCACUUCCGAAAAAUGAUGUCCCGAUACUGGGAGAACCUCGGGCCCUUCGCGCUAGACCUUGUGGGGGCUGUGAUCAGACAAGGGACCUUCGUGGAGAAAAUGGACAAACUCGACUGGCUGCACUCACCGACAGUCUUCGAGACCAUGGAACGGCUGAUUAAAAAAUACGAAGUGUUCUUCCAGAUCAUGAUCGACAACCCAAGGCAUAUGGCCGUACCCACACUAGACGUCGACCUGGCCUGGCACACACAUCAGCUCAGCCCAUCAAAGUACUACAAAUACAGCACGUCGAAGCUAACACGCGCCUAUACUCGCGUGUUCAUCGACCACGACGACAAAGUCGACGAGGCAGCACUCUCCGACGGCUUUGCCUGGACCAGCAAGAUGUACCGCCGCGCCACCGAUGGCCGCAUAUACAGCGAAUGCACCUGCUGGUACUGCGAAGCGACACGAGCACCAGACUUGUAUGACCGGUUGAUCCCCAUGGGCUCAGUCUCUCGCGCGCGAACCGCUGCAGCGCUCUUGCACGAUAGUUCUGAUAUCUCGUCCGAUCCAAACAAGAACCCACAUAUCUCUUCACACAACGCUGUCCGGCCAACAAAUCUGAACACUCCGUUCGGGCAGUCUGCGUAUGUUAGACAAAUGCGUCUGCAGAGCGACUACUUGAGGGCUGCCCGGCGUGCUAGGAAGCGUAGCCGUCAAGGGUCCACCUCCAAAUCUAAGCAGCCCGAGGAGUAUCCAUACUUCAUACCUUAUGCAUAUGGCUACCCCAUUGUGGUGCCAUACUAUGGACCAUAUAUGAUGGACCCAUCCAUCAAUUGUGAUUCGCGCCAUCGGGAACUGCUGUUCCGGCACGUGUGGUAA